GCAAUUUGUCAAAAAUGACACAAUUUAUCGACUCUAAAUUUUAAUUUUCUUAAGUAGAAAUAAAUUUAGAUAGAGAUGAACGAGGACAAGCCUCCCCCUUCAUCCCCCCGCGAUUCCGACAAAGGUGACGUAAAUGCUCUAAUAAAUAUCACCAAGGCAGUGGGCAGGGGGAAAUCGAAGGCAAGCACCACCCUACUGGCCAUACAAGAAACUGCCAGGGAGAAACAGGCAAGAUUCAAGGAAAUCAGAACGACCAGGUACCAAGAGCUUCAGCUACCCCAAAGACACGUGUGCGACAUGGUCUCCAUUUAUUUCGGAAUUGAACAGAACGAUGUGAUGGAAGGAGCCGCUGACGAAGACUCUUCUAUUCAACUGUUGAACUCCAUCAUGGACAAGGAUGGCACCAAGACCCUUUUGGUUUACUUGCAAGAUGGACCUCCAUAUCCGAUUGAAAGUGGCAGGUUUAACCCAGCUCUCAAACCUCCAGUACGACGAAUCUACGUUACCAAAGGUUUACAUCCGGACUUGACUGAGAAAGCAAUCGCUGUAUAUAAAAACAAAAAAAUCACCAUUGAUUUGAAAAACAUCACAGACGAGCUGAGCUUUGUAAUGAUCGAUCUGGCUAUGGCAAAAGGUAACAUGGCAUCGAUCGCUUACGAUAUAUUUGGCACACUGGUCGACCCUCUACUGAAACUAUCCAAGGACUGGGGAGACUUGCCCAAAACCGCCAUGGGACGUAUGCAAAAGCUCAAUUUCAUCGGGGAUUGGGAAGCUUUUGUGGAAUUUUUGAACAAAACCAAAGAGGACUUGAGUGGAAUAGUGACCUUCAAUAUUGACGAGGAACUCCUUAAGACUCUACAGGACGAGGACCUUAAAGCGAAGAUGUACUUCAAUUCAGAGUUCACCCAGAGGAUCGAGAGUCAAGUUCGGGUGUGGCAUAAGCUCAUCGAAAGGUGUUUGGUGCAAUACAACCAAAUCAGACGAGAAAACGAGUUUGUGGGGCCCAAUGUGGAAGUGGAGUACUGGAGGCGGCAGCUCACCAGGUUUACUAGCAUCGUAGACUUCCUGGAGAAGGAUGAUAGUCAUAUUUUUAUCAAUUUCUUAACUGCCAAAAGAAGGAGCGAGAUUGUUAAGAUCUGGAAGAGACACGUUGAUUCAGUCUACAACAACCGCAACGAAUGCUCCGACAACAUAAAAUACCUCUACUCCAUGGAGAAGUACUGGGAACCCUUCUACCGCCUGGAACCCCCCGAAAUCAUUAACCACAUACCACCCCUGCUGAACGCCGUAAGAUUAGUCUUUACCACAUCCAGAUAUUACAACAGUACCGGAAAUGUCACGGCCAUCCUCGUGAAGGUCUCGAAUCAGAUUAUCAAAAAGUGCCGGGACUAUUUGAACUGCGAGGGCACCACGACAGUGUGGAAUCAGCCCAAAAAGGUUGUCCUGGAUAAAAUCAAGACUUGCCUGGACGUCUACCUGAAAUACUAUCAGUGUUUCCGACGUACCCAGAAACAAAUGGAGGAAGCCGGCGAAAAACCUUUUGAGUGCUCAGAGAGUUUCAUUUUUGGCAAAUUUGAAACUUUUAAGAAGAGAUGUGAACAGAUCGUGUACGUUUUGGAAACGACCAUAAAAUACUCCAUCUUACAAGCCAGCACCAUCGAGGGCAUAGACGUGUUCGCCAAAAAAUUCGUGGAUUUUUUCAAAACCAUCAUGGCACAAAAGUACGACGCCCUUAACCAUCGAUUGCCGUAUUUCGACAAAGACUACAACCAGUUCAAGCAGAACGUGGUGGACACGGAGUGGGAGCUGGAGGAGUUUGUCGGAGCCUCCCUGGAAAAGAUGACCGACGUGGACAAUAUAUUGAGGCUUCUGAAAAGGUUCGAAAAGUUGGAUCUGGCAUGUUUGCACCUGGAAGAACGCUACUUGGAAGCGAUGAUCUUGUUCCAAUACGAGAUCGAGAAGUUACGAGAUCGUUACAAUGAAGAUCGUCAGGCGCCACAGGUGCCAAACAACAUGCCACCGGUCACGGGGCGUAUCUACUGGAUCAGGCAGUUUUAUGCCAGGAUUGCCGAGCCCAUGGAGAUCUUUAAGACGAAAAAACGGGUGAUGCAACAUCGCAAGGUCCAGAAGUGUAUCCAGCUUUUCAACGCUAUGUCCCUAUGCUUUGUCCAUUACGAGAAUAUUUAUCAUGACGCUUGGUAUGACUUUGUCGCGCAAGUGAGGCACUGCUUAAUAAAACCGAUCAUGACCAAGGAUGAGAAGACUAGAAGGUACAAGGUGAAUUUCCAUCCAUACAUCAUUGAAUCCAUACGGGAAGCGGAAUAUAUGUAUAAGCUCAACCUGGCUGUUCCAGAUGUGGGGCAGGUCCUUGUGUUCUGCAAAGACAAACUGCUCAAGUCUAGCGAGGUGGUGAGAGCCUUGGUUGACCGUAAUGACACCAUAAGGAGCACGAUUCCGCCCCUUUUCUUACCCAUGAUGCGGGUCCAACUGUUGAAAAUCGAAAACGCUUUUAUGGCAGGAUUUUCGACCAUCACCUGGACGUCCACCAAGAUACCGGAAUUUUGUAAAGAGGUCACCGAAGUGUUGGACUAUAUUGAAAUGUUUGUGAAAGCGGUAAAGGAUAUGAAAGAGGCCAGGAUAGAUGAGGUUUUAGAAACCAUUGCGGUCACCCCUCUAGUGUUUUUACCGAACGAGCCCAUAGCCCCCAGUGAGUUCUUGCAGGAGAACAUUAAAUACGGGCAUGAAGUUGCACGAGAACUCAGACUGAAAUCUUCGACUAUUGAAAAGUCCGUGAAGGACCUCAUCAAUACUUUCUUGAGCGUGAUAGAGCAGCCAGAGUUGCAACAGAACAAGUAUGACUGGUUGGAUCCAGAAAAGGCGGUCAAACCUAUCGGGUCCACGUCCAGAUUGCUCACCUCCGCUGAUGCAGCGUUCAAAGAAAUGGACCGGAACGUCCCUCUGGACCUGGCCAACAUCCAUAGCGACUGCAUAGAGAUGUUUGCUUACUUCAACAUGAAACUUACCGAUGCCCUCAUUAAAGCCACCAAGUUGUCUUUGGAAAAAAUUAAACUUCGUGCCACAAAUAUUGGAGAAGAAUGGAUUCCUUUGAUGUCCACGUACAUGAAGCUCACCAUCCCAAUAGCGAUCAUCAGUCCCAGUCUGGACGAGAUCCAGAAUCAUUUUUCACAGGUUCUACAAAACAUUCUGGAUGUUAAUAAGUACAUUGGUUUAUGGGGACAAGAAGAGAUGAAGUCUGCUUUGAAAACAGAUGAUCAACUAAAGCCGAAAGCCAAAAACUAUUACAAAUCUGUGAGUGAAAAUAAGGAAAUCGUGAGGGUGUACAUGAGCCUCCAAGGAGUCCUUUAUCUACUGAAUCCUGAUGUGGCGUCCUUACUGGAGAAAUAUCUUAAAUGGAAAUACUUGUGGGUCGAGGACAGGGACAAACUGAUUGACGAGUUUUGCGAAAAGGAUCCGUUAAUCGUGGAAAUAUCCGAAAAAUUCACUGAAUACGAUAAGAGAGCUGAAGAAAUUAAGCAGCUACCCGAUAAGCAUGAUGUGGGAGCCAUAAGCAUAUUCAUGGAGCACCUGAAGAUGGCUCUCCUGGUAGAGUCUGAAGCAUGGAAGCACAUUAUGGGCAAAAACUUGAGUGAACGAUACAAGAAGAAACUGGUUACCAUGGUGGACUUCAUUAAGGCCCAAGAAAAAAUUCUUAAUAAGCCUAUUAAGGAUCUGGAUGACUGCAGAAACGCCAUGAUUUGCUUGGCAACCAUUCGCGAAAACUUCAUCGAAAUGGACCUGGAUCUCAGCCUAAUGGAGGAGGCUUACAGCACAUUCGGCAAGUACAAGAUCGACACGCCCAAGGAGGAUAUCGAGCGCGUGGAGAGUUUGAGGUUCAACUUCCAGAACAUGGUCAACCACUCCAAAGCGGUCCAAGAAGACAUCUGCGAGGUCCAAGGGCCCCUCUUGGAGGAGCUGACUAACGGGGUGGCCACCUUCAAAGAGGAAGUGGAACAGUUCGACAAGGACUUUGAGGAAAAAGGUCCCAUGAUACCGGGUCUGAGUGCCAGGGAGGCCAGCGAUCGCGUGCUUGUGUUCCAGGAUCGAUUCGAUGAGUUGUGGAGACGGUUCGAGAUGUACAGCAGCGGUGAGAAGUUGUUUGGCCUAGAGGUUAAUGAUUAUCCAAUACUUCAUCAGAGAAAGAAAGAGUUUACUUUGCUGAACAAGCUCUAUGGUUUAUAUUUGGCAGUGAAUCACAGUAUCGACGGAUAUUUUGAUAUUUUAUGGAGCGACGUGGAUACGGAAAUUAUAUUUGGUGAGCUGCAAGAGUUCCAGAAUAGGUGCCGAAAGUUGCCAAAAGCGAUGAAAGACUGGCCCGCGUUCAUUGAUUUGAAAAAGAAGAUUGAUGAUUUCAGCGAAACUUGUCCCCUACUGGAACUGAUGGCCAAUAAGGCAAUGAAAGAUCGUCACUGGAAGAGGCUAGGGAACUUAACAGGUUACAGUUUCGACGUGGAGUCACCCACUUUCACUUUGCGAAGUGUUAUGGAGGCUCCAUUGUUGAAAUACAAGGAUGACGUGGAGGAUAUUUGCAUAAGUGCUGUUAAAGAAAAAGACAUUGAAGCUAAGCUUAAACAAGUGAUAGCUGACUGGGCAGUGGUCGAACUAUCUUUCUCCAACUUUAAGGCCAGAGGCGAGCUGUUGCUAAAAGGUCAAGAAACCGGGGAGAUCAUCACUACUCUGGAAGACAGUUUGAUGAUAAUGAACUCUUUACUGAGCAACAGAUAUAAUGCGCCAUUCAAAAAAGACAUUCAACUGUGGGUUCACAAGCUAGUGACCACCUCAGAAAUCCUGGAAAAAUGGCUCAUAGUGCAAAAUCUAUGGGUCUACUUGGAGGCGGUGUUCGUGGGUGGUGAUAUCGCCAAGCAGUUGCCUCAGGAAGCCAAAAGAUUCAGCAACAUUGAUAAAUCUUGGAUCAAAAUAAUGUUGAGGGCGCACGAGAUUCCUAAUGCGGUGGAAUGUUGCACGGGAGACGAAACAAUGGGGCAGUUGCUGCCUCACUUGCUGGAGCAACUGGAGACUUGCCAGAAGAGCUUGACUGGAUAUUUGGAAUCAAAACGCUUGUGCUUCCCAAGGUUCUUCUUCAUCUCAGACCCGGUGCUGCUGGAAAUAUUGGGCCAGAGCUCAGAUCCGUGCUCCAUCCAGCCACAUCUGCUCAGUUUGUUUGAUGCAGUCUUCAGUGUGGAUUUUGAUGAGAAGCACACCGAUACGAUCGUAGCAAUGAAUUCCAAUUUGGGGGAAAAGGUGCUCUUUGAACGGGGGGUCGUUUGCCAAGGAGGCGUCGAAUUCUGGCUCAACAAUUUACUUUCCACCGUAAGAGAAACCGUGAAGAAUGUAAUAGCCGCGCAAGCCCAAUGUUUCGUCGAUCCAGACUAUGAUUUUAUUUCCGGAUUUGUCACUUUUUGUGGCCAGGCUGGAUUAGUUGGAGUGCAACUCCUCUGGACCAAGGAAGCGGAAGUGGCAAUCAAACGUGCCAGAGUGGACAGGAUGGCAAUGAAGAUCACCAACCAAAGAUUCCUGGAUCUCCUAAACUCCUUAAUUGAUUUAACCUCGAAAGAUUUAACGAAAAUGCAAAGAACCCAGUACGAGACCAUGGUCACCAUACAUGUCCAUCAAAGGGAUAUUUUUGAUAACAUCUGCAAGCUGCGCAUCAAGUCCAUAUUGGACUUUGAGUGGCAGGCCCAAUGUCGCUUUUAUUACAACGACGAGAACGACGACGUGCUGGUCAAGAUCACUGACGUCAUUUUCUUGUACCAGAACGAGUACCUGGGAAUCACAGAGCGUUUGGCUAUCACACCGUUGACUGAUCGUUGCUACAUUACUUUGGCGCAAGCAAUUUGGAUUAAUAUGGGUGGCGCUCCCGCAGGACCUGCAGGAACCGGAAAAACCGAAACAACCAAGGACAUGGGCCGCACUUUGGGGAAGUUCGUGGUGGUCUUUAACUGUUCCGACCAAAUGGAUUUUAGGGGCCUGGGGCGUAUUUUUAAGGGGCUGGCCCAGUCCGGCACCUGGGGCUGCUUCGACGAAUUCAACCGUAUCGAGUUGCCCGUGCUCUCGGUGGCAGCUCAGCAGAUUUACAUCGUGCUCCAAGCCAGGAAGGAACGAAAACCCGUGUUUGUUUUUAUGGAUGGUGACAACGUCUCGAUGAACAUCGAGUUCGGGAUCUUCUUGACGAUGAAUCCCGGUUACGCGGGUCGUCAAGAGUUGCCGGAAAAUCUGAAGAUCAUGUUCAGGAGCGUGGCAAUGAUGGUGCCCGAUCGCCAGAUUAUCAUCCGAGUGAAAAUGGCCUCGUGCGGUUUUAAAGAAAACGUUUUCUUAUCCAGGAAGUUCUACACGUUGUACCAGCUAUGCGAGGAACAGCUGUCCAAGCAGGUGCAUUAUGACUUCGGUCUCAGAAACAUUCUUUCUGUGUUACGUACGCUUGGGGCUCAAAAGAGGAGCCAUCCCACCGAUACUGAGGAGACUAUUGUAAUGAGAGUGCUCAGGGAUAUGAAUUUGAGUAAGCUGAUCGACGAGGACGAACCUCUCUUUCUAUCUCUGAUCGAAGACAUGUUCCCUGGCAUCAAGCUAUCGGUCCACUCCUGGAAGGAUCUCCAAAAAGCCAUUGGUAACGUCUGUAGUGACACUGGACUUGUCAACUUUCCUUCAUGGAAUCUAAAGGUCAUCCAGCUCUACGAAACUUCCUUGGUGCGCCACGGCCUUAUGGUUCUAGGCCCUACUGGUGCCGGCAAGACGAAAUGCAUGCACACUUUGAUGAAAUCCAUGACCGAGACAGGCUUACCACACAAGGAACUUCGCAUGAACCCAAAGGCUAUAACAGCCCCCCAAAUGUUUGGCAGACUAGAUGUCUCCACCAACGACUGGACCGAUGGAAUUUUCUCGACUUUAUGGCGGAGGACUCUUAAGUUUAAGAAAACUGACUAUUGCUGGUUAGUACUGGAUGGUCCUGUGGACGCAGUCUGGAUAGAAAACCUCAACUCCGUGCUGGACGACAAUAAAACAUUAACUCUAGCCAACGGUGACAGGAUCGUCAUGGCCGCCAACUGUAAACUGGUAUUUGAACCGGACAAUGUCGACAAUGCCAGUCCAGCUACGGUAUCCAGGAUGGGUAUGGUCUUCAUGAGUUCCUCAGUACUACCUUGGAUGCCAAUUCUGGAUGCGUGGCUCAAGACCAGGCAGCAACAAGAAGCUGACUCCUUACGAAACAUUUUCGCGAAAUGUUUUGGUGACUUGCACACUUUUGUUCAGACUCGCCUCAAGGCCAAAAUGUUUAUCAGAGAAGCCUUGUAUAUUAGACAGUGCUAUGAUGUGCUGCAAGGGAUUCUGGAUAUCUCUGAGGAGCCUAAGCAAUGGACUGAUAAGCAACUGGAACGACUCUAUCUAUUUGCCGUAAUGUGGUCUUUAGGAGCUCUACUGGAACUGGACGACCGUGCCAAGCUGGAAACCUUCGCUCUGGCCCAUCCAUCGAAAAUGGAUUGGCCCAAGUGUAAAGAGAACGAAACCAUUUUUGAGUACGUGGUGAAUCCAGAAACUGGCAAGUGGGAACAUUGGAGACAACGCGUGGAGGAGUUUGUGUACCCCACGGACUCCGUGUUAGAGUUCACCAACAUUUUGGUACCGAACGUUGACAACGUUCGUACGGCCUUCUUGAUUCAUAAUACUGCUAAACAGAAUAAGGCGGUACUGUUGAUCGGCGAACCGGGAACAGCGAAAACAGUAAUGAUCAAGGGCUACAUGUCCACGUUUGAUCCAGAUUAUAAGUUGAAUAAGUCGUUCAACUUUUCUUCGGCCACCACACCAAAUAUGGUUCAGAGAAUUAUAGAGUCUUACGUUGAUAAACGUGUGGGUACGACCUACGGUCCACCAGCUGGGAAAACUUUGACGAUCUUCAUCGAUGACAUCAACAUGCCCGUCAUCAACGACUGGGGAGAUCAAAUUACCAACGAAAUCGUUCGUCAGCUAAUGGAAAAUGGUGGUUUCUACAGUUUAGAUAAACCAGGAGAUUUCUCAUAUAUCGUCGACGUCAUGCUGUUGGCCGCAAUGAUUCAUCCGGGAGGUGGUAGAAACGACAUUCCUCAUCGGUUAAAGAGACAGUUCUGCGUAUUUAAUUGCACCCUACCCAGCACCACUUCCAUGGAUCUUAUAUUCAGGCAAAUCGGUUGUGGAUAUUUCUGCAUCGAACGUUUCGAGGAGGAGAUAGUCGAGUUCCUGCCGAAACUCAUCCCGUUAACGAGGCACAUCUGGCAAAAGACCAAGCAGAAGAUGUUGCCUACUCCGGCCAAGUUCCAUUACGUGUUCAAUUUGAGGGAUCUAUCCAGGAUUUGGCAAGGGAUCCUGACGGUGCAGAGGUUGGAGUGCAAGGACAAGACUCAAAUGUUGAAGCUCUGGAGGCACGAGUGUCAAAGGGUCAUUUCUGAUAGGUUUACCAUUAUACCGGAUAAAAAGUGGUUCGAGAACCUGCUUAAGGAGCAAGCGAGAGAAGAACUGGAAGAGGAUUUUGAAUUUUAUACAGAAGAUGAAACUUAUUGGGUCGACUUUCUUAGGGACCCCCCUGACGCUACUGGAGAUGAACCGGACGAUUUUGAUUUUAGUGCUCCCAAAAUUUAUGAAGAGAUCCCAAGUUGGGAGUUUCUUAAAGAGAAACUGUUUAUGUUUAUGAGUGAAUAUAAUGAGGCUGUUCGUGGUUCUCCCAUGGACAUGGUGUUCUUCCAUGACGCUAUGGUGAACCUAAUGAUAAUAUCCCGGAUUAUUCGAACUCCAAAAGGGAACGCUUUAUUGGUUGGUGUGGGAGGAUCAGGAAAACAAAGCUUGACCAGACUCUCCUCCUUUAUGGCCAAUUACAAGAGCUUCCAAAUACAAUUAACCCGAUCUUAUAACGUGAACAACCUUAUGGACGACAUGAAACAGCUGUACCGAGUGGCAGGCCUGGAAGGUACCGGCAUGACCUUCAUCUUCACCGACAACGAAAUCAAGGAAGAAACGUUCCUGGAGAGCAUCAACAACAUCCUGAGCUCCGGCGAAAUCGCCAACUUGUUCGCGAAAGACGAACUGGACGAAAUUCAGUCCGAGCUCAUUCCGGUUAUGAAAAAAGUCCUGCCCAAGCGACCCCCUACCGGAGACAAUUUGUACGACUUCUUCCUGACGAGAUCCAAACAGAACCUCCACGUGGUCCUGUGUUUCUCACCGGUGGGCGAAAAGUUCCGGAGUCGAGCCCUCAAAUUCCCCGGCCUGAUAUCCGGGUGCACGAUCAACUGGUUCCAGAAAUGGCCCCAGGACGCCCUCGAGGAAGUCUCCUUUCACUUCUUGCAUCAAUACGAGGUCAUCGCCACCCCCGAAGUGAAAACCGAGUUGAUUCUUAUUAUGGCGGAAGUGCACGAUGGCGUGGCAGAUUUUUGUGACAAGUACUAUGACAGGUUUCGACGCAGGACUUAUGUCACCCCCAAAACCUUCAUAUCGUACCUGGCCGCCUACAAGGUUCUCUACAGAAAGAAAGUGGACGACAUUGACGUCCUGGCCAUGAGAAUGAAGACUGGCUUAUCGAAGCUGGUGGAGGCUCAAGCGAGCGUAGAUGUCCUGAGGGCUGAACUGGCGGUCAAGGAAAAGGAGAUGACCGUGGCCACAGAAGCUGCUGAAAAGGUGCUAGCAGAAGUGAUGGCGGCCAGUCAAGUGGCCAAUAAGAUCAAAGAGGAAGCUACCGUGGUGAAAGAGAGAGCCGAGAACCUGGUGUCGUUGAUCAGCGUGGACCAGAAAGAGGCGGAAGCCAAGUUGCUGGCCGCGAAGCCCGCUUUGGACGCGGCCGAGUCCGCCCUACAGACCAUCAAAGCUUCUGACAUAGCUACGGUAAGGAAGCUGGGGAAACCUCCCUACUUGAUUCUGUUGAUUAUGGAUGCGGUGCUGAUUUACUUCAAACGGAAAAUGGAACCGACCAAAGCCGAUCCGGAGAAGAGCUUUUUGGUGCCGUCCUGGGCAGAUUCCCUGAAGGUCAUGGCCGACACCACCUUCUUGAAGAAACUCCAGGAAUACCCCAAGGACACGAUCAACUCGGAGAUGAUAGAUUUGUUACAGCCCUAUUUUAGUCAUCCCUUAUACACGUUUGAGGCAGCGAAGACCGCAUGCGGUAAUGUGGCCGGCCUGAUCGCUUGGACUAUAGCCAUGGCCUCAUUUUUCGACGUUAACAGGGAGGUGCUGCCACUGAAAGCUAACUUGGCUAUUCAACAAGCAAAACUCACCAGGGCCCAGGAGGAACUACAGGCGGCCAUGGAGCUAUUGGCCGAAAAAGAGGCUGAGGUGAAGGCCUGCCAGGAUUUGUAUGAUGAGGCGAUGGCCAAGAAGCAAGAAAUAUUCGAAGCUGCGAUGAAAGUGAAAAACAAAAUGGACGCCGCGACUGCCCUAAUUGACGGUCUGGCAGGAGAAAGGAUCCGUUGGACGGAUCAGUUGGCCCAGUUCAAAGCGGAAACGGAACGACUUAUCGGAGACGUGGUUUUACUAACAGGUUUCCUGGGUUACACCGGACCAUUUAACCAGGAAUUCCGUAAUUUUAUGCAGCAUUCGUGGCUGGACGCCUUGACUAGGCGAAAGAUCCCGGUUACGACCAGUCUGAAUAUCAUCGACAGUUUAACGGAUAUUGCCACGAUUGGAGAAUGGAAUCUUCAAGGCCUACCUACGGACGAACUGUCAAUCCAGAAUGGCAUCAUCGUCACCACUGCCACGAGGUAUCCCCUGCUGAUCGACCCUCAGAGCCAAGGCAAAGCUUGGGUGAAGAACAAGGAAAAGACCAACCACCUAAUUGUGACCUCAUUAAACAACAAAUACUUUAGAAACCACAUUGAGGACGCCGUCUCCCUCGGCUACCCGAUGAUCAUAGAAGACAUCUCCGAGGAGCUAGAUCCCGUGCUGGAUAACGUCAUGGAGAAGAAUCACAUCAAAAUCGGCACCACCUUCAAAGUGAAAGUGGGCGACAAGGAGGUGGACGUAAACGACAACUUCAGACUGUACAUAACCACGAAGUUGGCGAACCCCAUGUACACCCCGGAAAUAUUUGCCAGGGCGUCGAUCAUCGACUUCACCGUGACCAUGAAGGGUCUGGAGGAUCAGCUGUUGGGUCGCGUGAUUCUGACUGAGAAACAAGAACUGGAAACGGAGAGGACGAACCUCAUCAAAGACGUGACGGCCAACAGACGAAAGAUGUUGGAACUGGAGCAGAACCUGCUCUAUAAGCUGACCACCACCAAAGGUUCCCUGCUGGACGAUGACACCGUGAUAGGGGUCCUAAACGUGACCAAGAACACCGCGGCUGAAGUGCGAGAAAAGCUACAAAUCGCGAAGGAGACCGAAACAAAAAUAAACGUGGCCAGGGAGGAGUUCAGACCGAUCGCCACUAGGGGAAGCAUACUGUACUUCUUGGUGGUGAGCAUGUCAAUGGUGAACGUGAUGUACCAGACCUCUUUGGUGCAGUUCCUGGAACGGUUCGAUAUUUCCAUGCUCCGUUCCGAGAAAACCCCCAUCAUCCAGAAGCGGAUCCAGUUAAUUAUCGACUAUUUGACUUACGAAAUCUUCAAGUACCAGUCAAGGGGACUGUAUGAGUGCAACAAAUACAUGUUCGUGCUGCUCAUGUGCUUGAACAUCGACUUGGACCGGGAGCAUAUCACUCAUGAAGAGUUUCAGAACUUCAUUAAAGGGGGCGCCGCUUUGGACAUGAACGCUUGUCCUCCGAAACCCGCCAAAUGGAUAACGGAUCUGACCUGGCUGAAUUUGGUCGAACUGUCCAAGUUGAGGCACUUCCAGUAUAUCGUGCAGCAGGUGAGCGCUAAUGAUAAGCAGUGGCGGACUUGGUUUGACAAGGACGCUCCGGAAGAGGCGGUUAUUCCAGACGGGUACAAUAGUUUGGACACUUUUAGGAGGCUUUUGAUCAUCAGGGCUUGGUGUCCGGAUAGGACGAUCACACAAAGCAGGAAGUACAUAGCAAACUCUUUGGGGCAGAGAUUUUCUGAGCCGGUGAUUCUUAACUUUGAGGCGAUGCAUGAGGAGUCUCGAUCCUUGACACCCUUAAUUUGCUUUUUAAGCAUGGGAUCAGACCCCACGCCGUACAUUGAAACGUUGGCCAAGAGGCUGGAGCUGAAGAGCAAAAGCAUUUCGAUGGGGCAGGGCCAGGAGGUGCAUGCUAGGAAAAUGCUGACGCAAGCCAUGCAAGAAGGCUUUUGGGCACUGUUACAAAACUGCCAUCUAUCUCUGGACUACAUGAACGAGGUGCUCGGUCAAUUUCUGGAUUUGGAAAAGGGAAUUGGGUCAGUGCAUCCGGAUUUCCGGCUCUGGAUCACUACUGAGGUCCACCCCAAGUUCCCUAUAAGUCUAUUGCAGAUUUGUAUUAAGUUUACCAAUGAGGCUCCGCAGGGGAUUAGAGCAGGUCUACUCAGGACGUACACCUCAAUGAACCAGGACAUGCUGGACUACUCAGAUGCGUGGCAAUACAUUCCCUUGGUAUACGCGAUCUCUUUCUUGCACACCGUGGUUCAGGAGCGCAGAAAGUUUGGGCCUCUCGGAUGGAAUAUCCCUUAUGAGUUCAAUUCGGCAGACUGGCUGUCCAGCGUCUUAUUUUUACAAAACCACUUGGACGAUAUUGAUCCUAAGAGAGGGAUUAGCUGGCAAACACUGCGGUACAUGCUGGGAGAGGUGCACUAUGGUGGCAGGGUAACAGACGACUUCGAUAAGAUCCUUUUGAACACCUUCUGCAGGGUGUGGUUCAGCGAUGACGUGUUUAAGGACGACUUUUUGUUCUAUAAAGGCUACAAAAUCGUUAGGUUCAAGCAGGUUUCCGAUUAUCUGGCUUAUAUCGACGGAUAUCCUUCUACGGAUCCUCCGCAGGCCUACGGACUGCAUUCAAAUGCGGAUAUCACGUACCAAACAAAUACCACCAUAGAAAUGUUUGACAAUAUGUUAUCCAUUCAACCAAAAGAGUCUGGAUCUGGUAGUGGUGAAUCCAGAGAAACAACCGUAGGGCGGCAAGCCAAGGAUAUGCUGUCCAAGCUGCCCAAGGACUAUGAUCCCUUCGAGGUGAAAGAAAGAUUAAAGGCAAUGAACCUUUUGAACCCCCUCAAUAUAUUUCUGAGGCAAGAGAUUGACCGGAUGCAGAAGGUCAUCAGUUUGGUGAGGUCCACCUUGACCGAUCUCCUCUUGGCCAUUGAUGGUAUCAUUAUUAUGAGUGAGUCUCUUGGAGACGCCCUGGACAACAUCUACGACGCCAAGGUGCCGUUCAUCUGGAGACGAGGCUCUUGGGAGGCCAAUACCCUCGGGUUCUGGUUUACCGAACUAAUCGAGAGGGAUGCCCAGUUCCGUAGCUGGUGCUUUGGGGGUCGCCCCCCUUGUUUCUGGAUGGCGGGCUUCUUUAAUCCUCAAGGGUUCUUGACGGCUAUGAAACAGGAGGUGGCCAGAGCGCAUAAGGGAUGGGCUCUGGAUCAGGUGAGUCUCAUGAACCAAGUGACCAAGAAUAUGAAGGAAGAGAUCAAUUCUGCGCCUCCGGAAGGGGUGUUGAUUUACGGUCUAUUUCUGGAUGGUGCCGGAUGGGAUAGGCGCCACAUCAGACUGGCGGAGAGUAUUAAUAAGGUUUUGUACACCAUGAUUCCUGUAGUGCACGUGUAUGCUAUUUAUUCCACUGAUCCUAAACCGGCGACCCUUUACACCUGUCCCGUAUACAAGAAGGCUCGAAGGACCGGACUGAACUUUAUUACCGUUUUGUGGCUUCAAACCGCGAAGCCGCCCGAGCACUGGGUCCUCCGCGGGGUGGCGCUAUUGUGCGACAUUCAGUAACGAUUUUAGUUAGUUUAAUUAAGGAUUUAAUAAAUGUUAGAUUAAUUGAAAAAAAA